CCAGCGAUAAGCUAUAUAAAAGCACCGGAUAAGCCCUUAUCCGGGGCUUCCAUAUGAAGUAAUGGUUCCUGGAAUCACAUGUCAUGUACACUGCACGAAAGCCGCCUUCUUACUCAAGGUGCUGGUCUCGAGUCCCGGAGGUCAAGCUCAAACAACAGGUUGCCCAGACAGGUACGUUUACCAUCAGCCUAGUCGCCUGUGCUACAAGGCCUUCGACGACAGGACAACCUACAUCGGCGCAGUCAGUAGAUGUUCUUCAGACGGGGGGACCCUCGCCAUGCCCCGCGACAACCCAACCAACGACUUCCUCAUCGGACUAAAAAAUGCCGUCGACGUGAACGGUUGGUUCCGCUUUGGACUGACAUAUCACGAACAGGAGGGAGUUUGGAUGUGGGACGAUAACGUUCCUCUGGGCGACUUCACAGCUUGGGGUCCAGGAGAACCCAACGACGAUGGUGGCGAUAGCGAGGACUGUGCCGAGUACUUUCCCGAAUUCUGGUUCAAAAAGAACACAUGGAACGAUGGAUCGUGUACUGAAGCCGGGAAGUUCAUCUGUCAAGUCUCUCCACCAGGCAGGUCUCCGGACGGCAGUAGUCAACCACCCACGGAACCACCCACGCAACCAGCGACGCCACCAGCGACUCAACCACCCACGGAACCAGCGACGCAACCGACAACUACAGCUACUCAGAGUUAUACUACCGAAGGUAAAAGCGACAUGACUCAAAUUUAG